GUCUACGCACCACAGUUCCGGGCAGGAACGUUACAAGUCCAGUGCGACUGGAUUACGGUGCCGCAGCCCUGCAAUGUGCGCGGUACUCCGCCAGCCCAAAUGCGUCAAGUUGCGAGCCCUACACAGCGCCUGCAAGUUCGGCGUGGCGGCCCGGAACUGCCAGGAGCUGCUGCGCAAGGGCUGCGUCCGCUUCCAGCUCCCGGUGCCCGGUUCCCGGCUGUGCCUGUACGAAGAUGGCACGGAGGUGACGGACGACUGCUUCCCGGGCCUUCCCAACGACGCUGAGCUCCUAUUGCUCACCGCUGGCGAGACCUGGCACGGCUAUGUGAGUGACAUCACACGUUUCCUCAGUGUGUUUAAUGAGCCGCAUGCCGGCGUCAUCCAGGCUGCACAGCAACUGCUGUCAGGUGAGCAGGCCCCACUGAGGCAAAAGCUGCUGGCCGACCUUCUGCAUCAUGUGAGCCAGAACAUCGCUGCAGAGACCCGGGAGCAGGACCCAGCCUGGUUUGAAGGUUUGGAGUCAAGAUUCAGGAAUAAGUCGGGCUACCUGAGAUACAGCUGUGAGAGUCGGAUCCGGGGUUACCUGAGAGAGGUGAGCGCUUACACCUCUAUGGUGGCUGAAGCAGCUCGAGAAGAGUACCUGCGAGUCCUUAGCUCCAUGUGCCAGAAGCUCAAGUCGGUGCAGUACAAUGGCAGCUAUUUCGACAGAGGUGCAGAGGCCAGCCGCCGCCUCUGUACUCCAGAAGGGUGGUUCUCCUGCCAGGGCCCCUUUGACCUGGAAAGCUGUCUUUCCAAGCACUCCAUCAACCCCUAUGGCAACAGAGAGAGCCGGAUCCUCUUCAGUACCUGGAACCUGGAUCAUAUAAUAGAGAAGAAGCGCACCGUGGUACCCACGCUGGCUGAAGCAAUCCAGGAUGGGAGGGAGGUGAACUGGGAGUAUUUCUACAGCCUGCUCUUCACUGCUGAGAACCUGAAGCUGGUGCAUAUCGCCUGCCACAAGAAGACCACACACAAGCUGGAGNGUGACNGCAGUAGGAUCUACNGGCCUCAGACAGGAUCCAGGAGGAAGCAGCCUGCUCAGAAGCGCCCUGCUCGGAAGCGCCCUGCCCGGAAGCUCCAGUGACACAGCCCAGUGUGCAGAGGACAGUCAGUGCUGGUGCUCAUCNUGUUCCUGUGGCAGGGUCUUCACGCUCANGGCCCNAGGGCUGAACUUGGCAAUUGUGAUUGUGUGUGUGUCGGGGCUGGUUUGUGCUGAGCUUUUAUGGCCUCUAUUUCUACUGCAAAUGGCAGCUCUGACUAUAUGCCUCUGAAAGAAANGGUGCUUCUGGGGUAAAUGUUUGCAUUUUAUAAAGAACAUGCAGGGCAUCCUCUGCUGAAUUGUUUAAAAUGGCAGAAGGUGGGAAGCCGUCCAGAUGUCUCCUGUUGUUGAACAGCUGACUGUGGCCUUAUUUUGAGCCGUGUGAAACUGAUGUUUUUAAUGGGUUAAAUAACNGCUGUCAUGAAUUUCAUGACUCAACACUGAUAUAUUUAUGUACACACGAUUGGAGCAGGUUUAAACUUUAAUGUGGAGAAAUAAGAAACUGUUAAAGGCAUAGAUGACUUUAUCUGUGCAGGGAAUGACCUUGAACUCAUGAUCUUCCUGCCUCAUUCCUAGAGCUGGGGCCACAAGUGUGCACCACCACACCUAGUAUUUGGUUUUGUAAACGUGUGUCAGCUUGUGCACGGUCUGUGGAAAUGCCACUCGGAGAAAGCAGUAACCCUGGAGGAUUCAGCAGGGCUGAGAUUGAUCACCAAGUACAAUCUCUUACAUCAUGUAUCUUAUACUUCAUUCUUCUUUUUCUCUGAGACCGGGUCUCACUAUGUAGCUCUGGNUGGACCGGAGCUCACUAUAUAGACCAGCCUGCCUCUGCCUCCCGAAUGCUGGGAUUAAAGGUGUGUGCCACCACGCCCUACCUGAGUUUAUUUUUGAAAUGGGCAUUUUAUAUAUUUUGUAAUAUUUGGAUUUUUAUAUUUGCCAUGUAAUCAAAAAAAAACAAUAAAGUGUUUCUAAAAUA